AUGUCGACCCGUCGCAGUGGACUCCGCUCGAGACGAGACCCGCAGCAACAAUCGGAUGCCGACACCCCAGAUGCCACACCUUCGCGCAAGCGCAGGAGAGUAGGCAGCCCAGCCAACUUGGUCGCCGAGAACCUGCACUCACACCUGGCACAAUUGAACGGCGCCCAGGACGUCCCCUCCGCUGCCGACGCUCCGCGCACCCGCAUCACCGAGUCGGUCGCAAGCAAUGACUCCAACGAAACGUUGCCCAACGGCGGCGAUGCAGACAAUCCCGUGGACCCCGUCGAGCGCCAGAACAUCAUUAUCGCCUCCCUUCGCGCCCCGCAGUACGUGCCCAAUGCUGCCAUUGACUACGCCAACGACGUCCAGGCGCGUCGCAACGAGGGCAAGAAUAUUCCGGCUUUUGCCAAGAUUGCUGCGCGCGACUGGUGCUUCUUUGUACAGGACACCCGCGUCCUCAUCGGUCGUGCAGACUCCACCAUCCGUCCCAACCCGCCUGCCUCGCAGACGGAUGCAUCUGGACUGCCUACGAGCGAUGCCCCACCCUCCAACUGGGGAGUCCACAUUGAUCUCGGUCCCGAACGCCAAAUUUCCCGUAUCCACGCUGAGAUCAACUUUGAUUCUGCCGACCAGAAGUGGUACAUCCACGUCAAUAGCCGCAAUGGACUCAAACUAGACGAUCGCAGCUUGACGCGGGGCGACGUUGCACAGCUUCAUUCCGGUAUUUGUAUCGGCAUCAUGGGCACACAAAUGCUCUUCCUGCUCGCAAAUCAGGUCGAUCAUUUCCAUCCCAUGCUGUGGCGCCAAGUCAAGAACGAAGAUGCCACCUUCUCCGAUAAUGAUGGCAACCCACCCCCGAAACCUCACCAGCAUGCGCAUCCCAGUGGGCCAACGCCAAAGCGCGAGCAGUACGACCCAUUUCCGCCAUCCUCUCACCCUCGCAACAAGCAGCAAUCUUCGCAAGCCUACUACAAUCAGAUGACUUCGACCCCAGGCCGUCCGCUACCGGGCACCCCUUUGACGGCUCGCCAGGAAAAGGAAAUCCGCAGUAAAGGAUCACCCGCUACCUUCUCACGUGGAUUGAUGAUGGACUCUACCGACGAAAUCGACUACAGCCAAGACUCGGCCAAGGAUAUCAAACCCCCCCACAGCUACGCUCAGCUCAUCGGCCAAGCCAUUUUGAGCAGUGACGAAGAGAUGCUUACUCUUGCAAACAUCUACGACUACAUCAAGGUGCGAUAUGCUUUUUUCAGACAUACCAACGGCGGCUGGCAAAACUCGAUCCGACACAAUCUCUCUCUCAACAAGUCUUUUGAAAAGGUCGCUCGGCGCACUGACGAGCCAGGAAAAGGCAUGAAAUGGAAAAUCUGUGAUUCCGAGCGUGAAGAGUUCAUCAAGAAGCAGCUCUUGAAUCCGCGCAAGGGCGGUGGCGUCGCCAUUGGAUAUCGUUUGGAUGGCUCUGGGCCUAGUUCACCUGCACUUGGACACCGAGGACCUCCUUCAGAAGCCACGGAACGUCUUAUGGGAGCCAUGGAGCGUGACUUUCAGAACCCAGGUGCUCGAGUCAAAUCGCCGCCUAGAUCAGCCACACCACCACUUUCGACUGUGCCCAUGGCUACUGAGUCUUAUACGCCCGAUCGCGGCCCUCGUCCCUAUGGCGGCUUCAAGCAAUCUCCCACGAUUCGCGAUCAGGAUCGGUUCGUUACGCCUGCAAAGCGACUGGUUUAUGGAGCUAAUGAAGGGCCUGCAUAUAUGAAGAUGGAUAGUCAUGAGCGAAACUUGGAAUCCUCACCUGGCGUUGACCCUGUUAAACCCAGUGUUGCUGGACUCAAGGGCGAGGCUGCCAAUUCACCACCAACGCUUUACUCUGACGCCGCCUCCAACAACACCGGUAGCAAUCAGGAUGCCAACCGAAUGAACAAUGCGCUUGUGACGCCGCUCGUGACGCGCCAUGCGCCCACUCUUGCGCCUCCCAGUACCGCUCAGAUGCCCAGUCAGUAUAUGAACUUCUCCAGCCCAGCGCCUUUUUGGAAGUUUGUGAAUCUCCCCAGCACACCUGCGCGCGGGCCACUCGAACUAAGUCCCAUCAAGCUACAACCCACUGACGACAAGGACGGCGAGGAUGAUUCCGCCCAGCCCAGCUCACCGCCCAUGCUCCCGCACGACAGUGCAGAGCCCGAGGAUGAAGAGGCAGAAGACAACAAGGCGGAAGAGGAAGAUGAUACGGUACCCGACAGUCCCAGUCGAACCGUCUCUCGGCCCGCCAGUCGCCGCGAAAUCCCCCACCAGCGCUCUCGCUCCAAUUCCAACGUCAACGGCCUCGGCAUCAUCAACAAUGGCGGCAUGGUGCGUGGAGCCAGCCUCACGAGUUUCGAGGAAGAAGCCGAGCCCGAGGAAGAAAGUUAUGACUUGUCAAACUUCAGCCGCUAA